CAACUCCACCCCCACGCCUGUCUUGCUUCUGCCGCGUUGACGCGCACAAAACUUAUCUCAAGACAUUGGGCAUUUCUUCCAACCAAAGUGAACCCAAAUCGUCGCGUCUGCGCACUUUCUUCAUCCCCAUUGCCGCCAUGACUGACUACCCUUCCACACCACCGCCCCCGUCGCCCUCCACGGCGACAAUCCCUCGCUCGUCAAGUGUGCCCCGUCUUACCAACUCGAAACUCUUCUCUCCCCAGAAUGAGGCUUCUGCCAUUACUACGCGCGGUCACCACCUGCCCUCGCUACUGCACAGCACGCGCCGACCGUCAACCAUACGCAGCAGCGAGCGUCGCGGUAGCGACACAGAGGACGAGGAUAUGGAAGCAUACAGACACGGACUUAUGAUGGCUUAUGACCGUGAUUCGGACCGGAGGAGUAGCAUUGGUGCACACAUUCUCAACACACCCCAGAUGCGAAGUCAACGGCUGAUCGGAAACUCCAAUCCCCGGUACAAGUGGGAAAAAUACUACAAACAUGAAGAAGACCUCAAGGGUAUGAAGAAACCGAUCCGCGAAUACUACGAGCGCAACAACCAGCUUAUCCAGAACUACAUGUACAUUGAUCGUCUUCUCGACUCUUCGCUACCGCACAACCUCAUUCAGGAGUACACAAACCUGGAAUCGGGCGCGGUCAAGAUCCCCACUACAAUCACAGAGGAAUCCUCGUCUAUAGGAACACCAGCCCCCGACGGCCGCAACUCCGGUACAACCACUCCUGGGCUCUCUAGUGAGGGUAGAACUGGUUCGUCGGGGAGUCUCAAUGGCAAUGGUAACGGCGCGCUGAAGCCCAUGGUCAAGCGCACACCAAAGAAUCUCUACAAAGUCCCCGAGAUUGACGAGAACACGCCGCUACUGGCAAAUGAAAAUGCUAUUCACGACGAGGACGACCUUGAAGCAGCCAAGUCAAAGCUCAUGGACUGGGUACCAGAAGAAGACGAAGAUACCGAAAGUCCCAUUGUCAAAUUGGCCCUCUACGUCAAUCUCAGCGCAAACACUGCUUUGCUGAUCUUGAAGAUUAUCGUCACAAUCAUGACAUCCUCGCUUUCCGUCGUCGCCAGUUUAGUCGAUGCCGCGCUCGACUUUCUCUCUACCGCCAUCGUGUGGUUCACUUCCUGGAUGAUUGCACGUCAAGAUCGCUACGCAUAUCCCGUUGGCCGCAGGCGACUCGAGCCUAUCGGUGUUUUGAUCUUCUCCGUCAUCAUGAUGACCUCCUUCUUCCAGGUCGGUAUCGAGGGUAUCUCGCGGCUUACCGGCAAAGACCACACGAUCGUCGAACUGGGUAUUCCCGCCGUUGCUAUCAUGGCCUCCACCGUCAUAAUCAAGGGUAUGUGCUGGCUCUGGUGCCGCCUGAUCCGCAACUCCAGUGUACAAGCCUUGGCCCAAGACGCAAUGACCGAUGUCGUCUUCAACACUUUUUCUAUCUUCUUCCCGCUUGUCGGCUACUUUGCCAAGGUCUGGUGGCUCGAUUCUCUCGGCGGUAUCUUGCUCUCUGCCUACGUCAUUAUCAACUGGGGCGCCACGUCCGCAGAGCACGUUCGUAACUUGACUGGUGCGAGUGCGACUGCCGACGAGAGGAACAUUCUGCUCUACAUGACUAUGCGUUUCGCUAAGAGUAUUAAGCGAAUCCAGGGUCUCCAGGCAUACCAUGCCGGUGACAAGCUGAAUGUCGAGGUCGACAUCGUCGUUGAUGAACAUCUUAGUCUGAGGGAUAGCCACGAUCUGGGCGAGAGUCUGCAGUAUGUUCUUGAAAGCGUGCCCUACGUCGACCGUGCAUUCGUCCAUAUCGACUACACAGACUACAACUUCCCAACACACAUGUCGCAGCAGGAGUGAAGAACCCACGAAAAACCCCACAAAUAACCAAAUCUGGUCAUCCAUUUCCACAGUUUCCACCCAACUGCAAGACCAUCUCCCGCCGUCUCCCUCACAUCCUUUCAUAAGAACGAUGUCGGCUCCAUAAACAUGGCAUUUAGAAAAGGAAAAAAACAGAGCGUUGCAACUUUUCACCACAUCACCUUGUAUCAAAACCUCUAGGUUGUUUUUCAUCGCGAAGAUUUUUCUUUCUUCGCUUGUAUUAUUAGGACACAGACAGAAGUGCUGUUGUAAGACAGAUAAAAGUAGACAAUGGCCGUAUACACUACGAAAAUGUUGGCUAUAGAGAAAGAAGAGAGGAUAAAACACAAUUAAAGAGAUUUUCAAUGUGAG